UAUUAUUGUCGUCAUACGACAUAUACGACAUGUCUCGUCGGCGCUGUACCGACGACGAGAUUGUCGACGGCCUGUUGGACGCCGCGAGCCGUCUCUGUGACGAAUCGCGCAUACGGACGCUGUGCGUGGACGCUCGGCGCGCGUUCCUCCGGCAACCCAUGUUGCUGCGGCUGCGGGCCCCCAUCAAAGUGGUCGGCGAUUUGCACGGCCAGUUCGGCGACCUGCUCCGGCUGUUCGACGUGGCCGGCCGGCCGCCGAAAGCCGACUUCCUGUUCCUGGGCGAUUUUGUAGACCGCGGCCCUCAGUCCGUCGAAGUGAUCACUCUACUGCUGGCGCUCAAGACUCGAUAUCCGGAAAACGUUCACUUGCUCCGAGGGAACCACGAGUGCCGUACCGUGAACGUCCGGUACGGGUUCUACGGCGAGUGCCGGUCCCGGUACGGCCCGAUACGGGGCGCCCGGCUGUGGCGAGCGUUCAACCGGACGUUCGAUUGCAUGCCGGUUGCUGCGGUCAUCAGCGGCAUCAUAUUCUGCACACACGGCGGCCUCAGCCCAGAUCUGCACCACAUGGCUCAGAUCGACCGGAUCCGGAGGCCCACCACGGUGCCCAGGCGUGGCGUGUUGUGCGACCUGCUGUGGUCCGAUCCGGCCGCGGUCCCUAUCCAGGGCUGGCGCAAAAACGUUCGCCGGAAUGUGUCGUACGUGUUCGGCGCCGACCGGGUGGCCGAUUUCUUGUCCCGAUUCCGGUUUCAGUUGGUGGUCAGAGCUCACCAGGUGAACUUCAUUGUGGUAGUCGUCAUCGUCGGACAUGGCCUGACGCCCAGUGGAAUGUGCUUAGUGGCCGUGAGUAUAAUAUCAAAUAUGUACACAACCAGCUAAUCACACUGCCACAGUGCGAAAAUCCGGCAAAACACUCGCUGCUAUGAUGAUAGAAAAUGGAUAAACACAUAAAUACACAUAAA